GAUCGAGGCUCAUCGAGACGGAGGCGCGGAGAAGCUGCCCGCAUCGAUGCUAAACCUGGCGGUCGAUUGCGCCGCACGAUGAGACACAUCAAUAGAGGCAGCCCUGCGAUGGACUAAGGAUGCGUAGGCUCGUACUGCUGUGGGCCACAGCGGCAGCCGUGCGGCAGCCCCCCCUCCCGAAGAGCCCAUCGGCCGCAGCGGUGCGCGAGGCCUACUUGUAUGCGUUCGCGACGUAUGCGCGCGACGCCUGGGGCAGCGACUGGUUACGACCGGUCGCGCGGCAGUCGGUGGACGCCGCGGCGGCCGGCCCGCUCGGCCAGACGAUCGCGGCAGCGGCCGACGGGUUGUGGCUCAUGGGCUUCGAUGGCGUCGUGCGGCAGUGCGGCGCCUGGGCGGCGGACGAGUUUUCUGCGGGGGACGCGCACGUGGCCACCUCCACGAGGGACGCCACAAAAAUACUGGGAGGCCUCCUGGCCAUCUAUGUUCUGUCCGACGACGCGCGCUUCCUCGGGGCCGCCAAGAAACUAGGAGACCGGUUGCUGCCGGCGUAUGGCGCGUCGCCGACGGGCCCGCCCUACGCUCAUAUUUUUGACCUAAGGGAGGGCGUCGUCAGUAAACCGACGGUAAAUGUCCAAAACUCCGAAUCGUUGACGGCUGGAUUGGUCGAGUUGAAAGCCCUCGCCAAGGCGACGUCGAAAAAACGCUUCGCGGAGGCCUCCGAUCGACAAUUACAAGCACUCUUUGACAUGAAGGGCUGGACCUUCCAAGGCUCGCUGGCACCGGCUCGGGCGUCCAUCGAAGCGGGCGCCUUCGAGGAUUCAAAUACAGGACGCUGUUCUGCUGGUGAGGGCGGCGCGGAGCUCUACGCUGCCUUAGUCGCGCGCGGGCGCCAGUCGAAUGAUGAAUUAGCGCGCAAGGCGUCAAGGCUUGCGGCUCGCGCGGCCGUGGCGUCGUUAACCUUCGUGGUCAGUGACGAGAACGGCACGGUAGCCGCAGACAUGUUACAAGGCGAGCGGGGGCCUCCCGUCUUCCACCAGCGGGCCUGUGCGUUGCCCGGGUUUCUGGCACGAACUAACUGGGGCUACAUGCCCCAGGCGGUCCACGACCCUGAUUCUGUCAAAACUAUCGCGCGCGAUUUGGUGACGACUUGUGUACAAAGAGCCUUGCAAACAAAAACGGGCCUCGCUCCUUCAUUAGAUCAGGCGACGGGCCGCGUGGGGGAUUUACGGCCAGAAACGGCGUCGUCGUUGUUCUUCAUGCGGCGCGCUACCCAAGACCCGUACUACGCUUCACUAGGAUAUGAUCUAUUCCGGAAACUGAACGCCUCAUCACGUAUACAGGGAGGCGCCUUCGCGACCAUUGACGAUGUUGAGAUAGGCAACAAGAGGGACGAGCAGCCGCCUCACGUUUUCGAGACCCUCAAGUAUUUAUAUCUGCUACUGUUGGAGAACGAAACACAGAGUACUUAUCUUGAUGACUACGUCUAUGCAGCGGGAGGCCACCUGCUGCCGGUCUAUGACGGCAGCGAAGUCCUGGAUAAAGCGAACGAUGACUUGCGGGCGACGGUCGUCGUCGUAAAAAAAAUAGGCCACGCGGUCGUUCCCGACGACGAAUUGCAUAUUGCGGAUAGUAUAGAACGCUUCGCGGCGACGGCGACGAGCGCCGGGCAUGUAACUUUCGACGAGAAUGCCUUGAACGAGUCAUAUACCAUGGUCGCUGGUCAAAGGCCGUCUGGCAGACCUCUAUCCGGUACUGCAAUGAUUGCGGGCUUCCAGGAAGGAAUCAUCCCGCCGAACCAACCGGGCAAUGCUACUGUGUGGGGUGUGUCGGGCAUCGAAGGGCCCGCGCGCUUCGUGUCGCGCGUAGCCCAGGCUUUAGUCAAGCAGGGGCUGCCCGUGUCGCGCAGCUUCGUCGAAGAUACGCAUGCGUCACUCUGCAAGCUCAGGCCCUGCGGCCACUACGGCACCGCCCCGAGAUAUGAUUUACCCACUAAUCUAACGGUGAGCGCGGACCCGUUAGGAUCAUUGACCGUAGAGCCGUGGAUGGAGCCCGCCGACGCCAUCGAGCAGUUCGCCCGAGCAGCAGCGGCAAAGGGCCAGGACAUCAAACGGGAGAGCUGUGUGGAGAUGCUGAGCUGGUUCUGCAAACGACGGCGAUGUGCCAGGCAGACGCUACGAGAAGAUAGAAAAGCUGUAGUACUUGUAAGUACGGGAGAGAAGGACCUCGAAGCCACAGCCACGUGCGAGUUCUGGUCGCCGCCGGAGUGGUGCGCCGAAUUGCUGAAGGAUCGACUGAUCAAAGAAGGCGUACCGGUCGACUCGGCCCUGGCGGCCGGUAUGGAGGUAAGAAGGCACUUCUGCGAGACGUCGACAUGUGGGCAAAGAUUGCAUACUAGGCUGUCGUUAGACAUCUGGGACCACGACAACGGCACGGUCGGCGCGGCCGCGUGCGGGCCGCUGUCGGACCCGGCGGACUGCGUCGAGAAGAUGUUCCGCGGGUCGUAUCGUGUCGGCUUUAAAGCGAAUGAAACGACGGCAGAAGCGUCGAUGACGCGCAUGAUGCGCUGGUUCUGUAAGAGGAGGGAGUGUAUAAGGCCGGUCGCGCCGGCCGUCUCCAUCACACAUAAGGGCGACGUGCUGGAGGUCAAGCCCUGGGACGAGCCCCGGGGUAAGCUAAGGGAGUUCGCCCAGCGGUUCAGUGAUAAGCGCGAGCCUCUCUCACAGGAGGAGCUCAAACAACUUUCGUUCAAAGUCUGCUCCGCGAGACCGGGCUGGUGCGUGACCCUCCCCAAGACGGUGGGGGUGGAAGUAACAGGUGUGGGAGAAGCGACCUGUCGACCCUGGGAGGAACCGGCGGACGUCUUGGAUACGUUGCACGCCCAUGCUUUGAGGGCGGGUCUGGAAGUGACCGAUCUCCAGUUAAAGAAGUCGCUGGAACUCAUGUGCGCCCAGCGCAACUGUGAUCGGAAAAAAGUCAAGAGUAUGGCUCGAAUAUUUUUCAUGCACCCGGGCAAGACGGCCGGUAGAGCUAUUCAAGACGCGACGACGAAGACGGACAAAGUGUUCGUGUUGGGCCACGACGACCGCUGCGACGGGCUAUCGAAACCUUGUUAUGUGGUACUAAGGGACCCGCGCGAACGUCUGGUCUCAGCUCUAGCCUUCAAGCAGCAGGGCGGCGAGUGGCGCGGCGAACGUUUGUUGGGCAACACGUGUCAUGGGUGGUUGAUGGGCAAGAACCUCUCUACCAUCUUGGCGGAUGUUGAUGGAUUGGAUCAACACUGCGAGUACUUUCAGGCUUCUCCGGAUAAAAAGACGCACUGCGUCUUCCGGCCUCUCGAGUGGUGGGUGGACGGUCACGAGGACGACAUCAACUUCCUCUGCUUUCCGGAAUUGACGACGAGCUUCUCGGCGUUGAUUGCGCCGUUCUGCAACGAUACGACUUGUGCGUUACCGAAGCGCAACCCCUCGAACCACUCUGAGUUGUAUGGCGGGCGGCCUAGUUCACACGGCGCGGCCCUGGACGCCUUCGCGCGGCGAUGGUAUUCAAAGGAUCUGGAGCUCUAUGAAAGGCACUGCGGGACGGUGAAGGGCCCCCGUUUUUGCCGGCGUCCCCUUUUUAUUGGCCUUCGCGGCACGCCGUCGCCGCGACGCCCAUUCACAUGCCGACGGCGGCCACCCGCACACACUUCGCGUCCCGCAGGUCAGGUCUACGGCAACGCGUCUGCGCAAGAAGCAACUGUGGAAAAGGGUCCCUUCGGCGAGCCGAUCUUCGCGUGGGAACCGUAGUGACCUAGUCCCCGACGUCCGUGGCGCGUCACUGUCGCCGUGGUGACUGCUACGGGGCGACGGCGUGGCUGAUCUCGAUCCUAGGCCUCGUCCGCGACUCCUAGUAACUGCUCUUAAUAGACU